CUGUAACUGGAGCGGCUCUUGAAAGCAUCGACACACAACUUCAGUAGUGCAGACAGCAGAGAGACUGAAACUAGAGUUUCGAUCUCAUUACACUGGUGUUGAUCAAUAUCAAGACCAACGUUGGUAUUGAUCUUAUCGAUAUUUGGAUCGAUCCGUCCACCACUAGGCCACAGCACUUCCUCAUUGGCCUCGUCGCUCAGCCCGGGUUGUUGCUGCUUGUUCGAGACUCAAAGUUCGCAGAAAGGAGGACAAUGUGCGCCGUGCAGCUGCUGCGGGUGUCGGUACAUGAGCGGAUCAACGCUGCCGCUGAAGACUUUCUGCUGCAGGUGGAGAAAGAGGAAGAAACGGCUCCAGUCCUGGCGCUGAGAGCGCUGCUCACCGAGCGGCUGACGGCGGCGGCGAAGGAGAUCGCUGAUGUGUUUGAAGAAACCGUGGAAGAGUACGAAGACAGACUGGAGCGGUCAGAGCGGGAGAUCUGCCGCCAGAGGAGGCUGCUCGAUGCCGUGAUGAAGCCCGACAUAAGGCUGCACAGAGCAGACUUCCUGCAGCCGGUGGUGAGUAAAGAAGAGGUUCCCCCUGAGCAGCAGCAGUGGAGCCCUCUUGCGGCCCAGGAGGACCUAGAGCCCCCCCACCUAAAAGAGGAACAGGAGGAACCUUGGACCAAUCAGGAGCGAGCGCAGCUUCAACAACUGGAGAGGGCUGAUAUCAAAUUCACAUUGACUCCUUUCACUGUGAAGAGUGAAGAAGACGAAGAGAAACCACAGUCGCUACAGCUUCAUCAGAGUCAGAAUGAGGAGAACAGAGCAGACGGUGGAAAACCAGAACCAGCCAGGAACUCAGGUCCUGAUGGAUAUUUACAACCAGGUCCUGAGGACAAAACUGAAGACUCUUCUGAGACUGAAGACAGUGAAGAUGAUUCGUUGGAGACCAGGGAGCCUGAUGGAUAUUUGCAACCAGGUCCUGAGGACAAGACUGAAGACUCUUCAGAGACCAAAGAUAGUGAAGAUGAUUUGAUGGAGACCAGUGAGCUUCAGUCUGGUUUGAAUAUAAGAAACGACCAACAGCCUUUAAGUGAUAUGAGAUGUAAAACUGAUAAGAAACCAUUUAGUUGCUCUGAGUGUGGAUACAGAUUUACACUAAAGGCCCAGCUAACUCUACAUAUGACCAUUCAUACAGGAGAGAAACCAUUUAGUUGCUCUGAGUGUGGUAAAACUUUUAGACUUAAGAGCACGCUGAAGAAACAUAUGCCAAUUCAUACAGGAGAGAAACCAUUUAGUUGCUCUGAGUGUGGUAAAAGAUUUAGUAGAAAGCACAUUUUGAAGACACAUAUGACAAUUCAUACAGGAGAGAAACCAUUUAGUUGCUCUGAGUGUGGUAAAAGUGUUGGAGGAAAGCAAGCAUUGGAGAACCACAUGAGGAUUCACACAGGAGAGAAACCAUUUAGUUGCUCUGAGUGUGGUCAAAGAUUUAGACGAAAGGACAAGCUGACUGUUCAUAUGAUAAUACAUAAAGAAGAGAGACCAUUUAGUUGCUCUGAGUGUGGUUUCAGAUUUAAACGAAAGGACUUUCUGAUUGUACAUAUGAGGAUUCAUACAGGAGAGAAACCAUUUUGUUGCUCUCAGUGUGGUCAAAGAUAUAGCCUAAAGCAUCAGCUGAAUGUACAUAUGAGGAUUCAUACAGGAGAGAAACCCUUUAGUUGCUCUGAGUGUGGCAAAAGAUUUAGCCAUAGCUGCACUCUAACGAGACAUAUGAGGAUUCAUACAGGACAGAAACCAUUGGUUGCUCUGAGUGUGGUAAAAGAUUUAACCAAAAGUCGAAUUUAACUGUUAUAUGUGGAUUCGUAGUGGAGAGCAGUGAUUCAGUUGCAUUGUUUGUAACACAAGAUUUAUUAGGAUUGAUUAGCAGCUAUUCAUAUUAUACAUAUUCAUAGUUCACUGUUGUAAAUAGAGAAUUAAGAGUCCCUCCUUCACAUAUUUUUAUCCGUUCAACUGUUUUUGGAAAGACGCAUUGCACAAGCACACACGGGCCCCGCCCCCAUUCACUGACACACACAUGCGAGAUGUGAACGAGGCGGUAAAUGUCGACUGGAAGCCACAUAAGUGUGAACACAGGGUUUUGGACUAAUGAUAAAUUAUUAGCGAUGCUGUUUCAGGAUCAGAACAGAAGCAGCGGUUGGUUUGUAUCGUUUCAGAGUCUGAGUGUCGUCCUUCACACUCAAUGACCUGAGCUCACUUUACUUUUCACUUUCAACACCAACACUCAUCCAAAGUUACUAGAACCUGAACAGAACUUGACUUUACUUUGUCUUUGGUUGAUUCACUCAAGAGUUUUACGAGAGACACACACACCCACUAACCUAAUACAAUGGAAACCCAAAAGUUCAUCUACAUCAUAACAACUCCACUUUACUGAGCUGGUUAAAUAUAUCCUGGGCCAAAUGUUUCAAAUUUAUUCAAGACCAAGUUUUACUAACAAAGUGUGUUUCAGUUGUGGUUUAUUUUAUUUAGUUUAUUCAUCAAGGAUAUUCUAAUAUUUCUCAUUCUAAUGUCAGAAUAUUCAAGGCUGCUUGUGUUAGUAUGAGGAUCCAUGGAGAUGAGAGAUUUUUAAAUUCAAGGGAUGCACAAGAAAUCUAAAGACUUUACCCAGGUGAAAGGUCUGAACUGUGAAACAACACAUUCAGAUGUGAAGGUGAGGAAUGUGCUUUAUUUUCUGUAUAUAUAUACAAAAAAAUACAAAAAUAUAU